GUGCUCUGCAGGACUCUGUACGUGGCAACGAUAAAACAUCCUCCGUGUGCGCUAUUCAUAACCCCGAGGAGCCGAGCUGUUCUGCGCGCGGUUACGGACUGUCCGCUUAAUCUUCCAACGCCAGGGACAUACAGACUGUGGAGGGAAAAACGAUGCCUGGAUCUGUGGGAUUCUGUUCCUGGGUCCUGCUCUGCUGCUUGUGGACCACACACGCUGAGAUUUUCACUUCUAUAGGUCAAAUGACAGAUCUGGUGUUCACUGAGAAGGAGCUGGUGCAGUCUCUGAGGGAGUACAUAAAAGCCGAGGAGUCCAAACUGGCCGCGGUCAAAAGUUGGGCCAACAGGCUGGACUCUCUGACCAAAAUCUCCACCUCGGACCCUGAGGGCUUCCUGGCUCAUCCCGUAAACGCCUACAAACUGGUGAAGAGGCUCAACACCGAGUGGUCCGAGCUGGAGAGCCUGGUGCUGCAGAACCCGUCAGACGGCUUCAUCUCGAACAUCACGGUGCACAGACAGUACUUUCCAGAUGAGGAGGACGAGACGGGAGCAGCCAAAGCCCUGAUGCGCCUCCAGGACACCUACCAGCUGGACUCUGAAGCCUUCGCCCAGGGAAAACUGCCCGGCACACACUCGGACGCUCGCCUCACCGUGGACGACUGCUUCGGGAUGGGGAAAACAGCGUACAACGACGCCGACUAUUACCACGCCGUCCUGUGGAUGCAGCAGGCUCUGAGGCAGCUGGACGCCGGGGAGGAGGCCGAGGUGCCCAAGUCCGACAUCUUGGAUUAUCUCAGCUACUCCGUUUACCAAAUGGGAGACCUGCCUCGUGCCAUCGAGCUGACGCGGCGACUCGUGCAAAUUGACCCCAACCACCAGAGGGCAGGAGGAAACCUUCGUUACUUCGAGGUGCUGUUGUCGAAGCAGAUGAACGAGCAGAGGGAGGCUUUGGAACAGGCCACAGAGGAGCCCAUCCAACUGGGGACCUACACCCGCCCCAAGGACCACCUGCCCGAGAGAGAGGCGUACGAGGCUCUGUGCAGAGGGGAGGGGGUGCAGAUGAAUGAAGCCCGCCGCAGUCGUCUGUUCUGCCGGUACCAGGACGGCCAGAGGAACCCGCGGCUCCUCCUGCGCCCCCUAAUGGAGGAGGACGAGUGGGACAGUCCGCACAUCGUACGAUACAUCGACUUCCUGUCUGACGAGGAAAUAAACAAGAUCAAGGAACUGGCAAAACCCAGGCUUGCCAGAGCGACAGUGCGAGAUCCCAAAACAGGCGUCCUGACCACAGCCCAGUACAGAGUCUCCAAAAGCGCGUGGUUGGAAGGAGAAGAGGAUCCAGUUAUCGAAAGAGUUAAUAAGAGAAUAGAAGACGUGACUGGACUCACGGUGGACACGGCAGAGUUACUACAGGUCGCCAACUACGGUGUUGGAGGACAGUAUGAGCCGCAUUAUGAUUUCUCCAGGAAGGAUGAGCCUGAUGCGUUCAAAAGGUUAGGCACUGGAAAUCGCGUGGCCACAAUGUUAAACUACAUGAGUGACGUUGUGGCGGGAGGUGCGACCGUCUUCCCCGACUUCGGCGCUUCCAUCAGACCUCGUAAGGGGACGUCUGUGUUUUGGUAUAACCUGUUCAGGAGCGGAGAAGGCGACUACAGGACCAGGCACGCAGCUUGUCCCGUUUUAGUGGGAAGUAAAUGGGUUUCAAAUAAAUGGAUCCACGAGAGAGGUCAGGAGUUCAGGAGACCCUGCGGACUCACAGAAGUCGACUGAUGACCACAGAAAUCUAUCUAGACAUUUUUAUUACAAACAAAACUCACAUCGCUGCUCCUGUUUUAUUUGAUGCUAAAUGUUUUCUGAUUCUUCAACAGGACAGUCGCAUUUUGUGAAACUUUCAUUUAUUUUGACACUGUGAGUAGCAGCUCUUUCUCCGUUUUCAAUUUUGUAAAGCAGCUCCAGGUCCCGACAGUUAAAACUCAGUAAAGCACAUGUGUUUUACUGUGAUAUCACUCCUCAGUGUUUGUUACCUUCUUCCAUGUGAUUUUUAUUUAUAUAGUGUUAUAAAUUAUUACGCCUCUCAUGAUUUGUGGUUUUCAUCGUAAAUAAAUGUGUCUUUUGAU